UGAAACUUUUAUUUAAAGGCAAUGGCGCUUGUACGCGGCAAGUUGUUGUAAUAUCAUCAUCAUUGUGAUUUGAUUUUUAUUUUCCAAUUUGAAUUAUGUUAUUGUAGUAAAUAUGGAUCGGAUUUCUUACACAAGGAUUGAUAAACAAUCAAUUUACGAAAUUUACCGAUCAUGUAGGCUCUGCGGCGGUGGCGCUGGUUACAAAAUGCCAAUAGUGCAGAAUGUUAUUGACCUGGACACAAAUGGGGUGGAAUUAAAACAGAAAAUCCAGGAAUGCCUACGAAUUGAGGUGCAUCAAGAUGACAAGAUGCCACCCCUCAUAUGUGAGCUGUGUGUGGACAAAGUGAAUGAUUUCUAUGAGUUCAUGGAGAUUUGCAGACAGACAAACAAGCGGACUAGGAUGCGGCUCGGACUGCCGUUGCAGGCCCCCAAGAAAAGUGCAGUGAGUACUGCAUCAUCCGAUUCAGGAGACUGUAUUCUCGGAGUGACAGAGCCCAUCUAUGAAACUGAAGAUGACAAUGAGCCGCUAUCAAAACAAGUCAGAGGUGCUAAACGGAGGGAGAUCAAGAAAGAAAAAGUUGACGAACCUGAACCUUUAUCUAAGUUGGCGAAGAAACAUUUUGGAAAGAAAAAUGUGAAUGUUAAAAAGGAACCUGAACUCAAAAUUAAGACGGAGAAAGUGAAGAAGGUGUCAGGAGCAGAAGGCGUGAGGUCGCCGCCGCCGGCGCGGAGCACCCGCCAGCUCGGGGACAACACAAAACUUGCUAACCUUAAGAACGCCAAGGUGAAGAGUUCUCCACAGCCGGUUAAGACCAGUUUGAAGAGGGAGCUGAAGGAACUUCUGGACGUCAAAAUCCAAUAUAAGGACGAUGAACCGAUCAGAGCAAAACGGGCAAGGGAGAAGGAAAUAGUCGUGAAGAAGAAACCGGAGAAAGCUGAGAAGAGACAGGAGAAGACUGAAAAGAAACCGGACAAGACUGAUAAGAAACUGGAGAAAUCUGAUAAGAAACCGCUUGUGGAGAAGAAUGCUGAGGUGCCAGCGAAGAAAGCCAAGUUAUCUCUGUCGCCUAAGCCAGCGAAAUCUCCCCUGAAGCCGAAAGCCGCGGCCGCACUCCCGUGCGCGGUGUGCGCGGCGCAGCUCAGGUCCGCGCAGGGGCUGGCCGCCCAUCUCAAGGCUCAUGUCGUCACCUUCACCGCGGAAAAAUUGGCAUGCAACCCCUGCGGAGAAUGGUUCUCGACCAACGAGGAAGCUUCUUCGCACCACAAGAAACACAAAACCAAGCCAUAUCGCUGUCGGUAUUGCUACUCUGUCUUCAAACUGCUCAGCGACUAUAAUGGGCACUUCGUAGAGGAGAACUGCCAGCCGUACACAGAAGUGGCGGACAAGCAGUGCGCGGCGUGCUGGAGGCCGCAGCCCACGCAGCGGCUGCUGGAGCUGCACCGCUGUCCGGGGCCCGACGGCAGGCCUGGCGGUAAAUGCUUGAAGUGCAAUCGAGUGUACACACUUCUGAAGAAUCUGAAAAAACACGAGGCCACGUGCACCUUCAGAAAGAAGGGUGAUGUGAUAGUGGACCCGAAAGUGCAGAGGCGGCUGAGAGACGCCCGAAUACACUUGAUGAAGUGUGAUGACCUCUUGACCAAGGUCAAAGGGGACAGUUAUGAUAUUUCCGAUGUCGAUUCUAACUUUGGUUUCGACUACAAGUACAUGUAUCCGUACAGAUAUCGAGUGAAAUCUGAACCUACGACAGGCUACGACGCUAUGGUCGCCAUCGGGGACGAGAUCAAAGAGUACUAUUCUAGAGAUUACAUACAUUGGGACUCUGACCACUCCGACACUGAUGUAGACGAGAAAAAGAGAAAGGUGGACUCCCUAACUGUUAUAACCCUUAAAACUAUAUUCUCCAAUAAAUUACUUGGCAAAGUGCCGAGAAGAAGACGAAAGGUCAAUGAGAAAGCUUUCGAUAACAAUUAUUUUGAUAUGAGCAAAGAUAUUGAUAGUAUCAUAAAGAAUCUAGACAAUGUUAAGUAUAAAAAUGAUAGCGCAGACGAUUCUGACUGCUCUGAGAGUAUUUUUGGCCCUUUCAAAAGUAAUGAAGCAGUUUCUGAGAAUGCAUUUGAGUAUUUGCUCGGUGAAAACGAUUCUCAGGACACGGAGAAGAAUUUUGUACUGUUUAGUGGUAGUGGAGGUAUUAAGGAUAGCACUGAUUUGGGCAAAGUUGAUGAUUCACACAUAAAUAAUACAAGUGAUAGUCAAGUUAAUAGUGAUAAUGAUAGUAGUGUUAAUAAAGAUGAAGAUAAACUAAAAGACUCGCCAGUGAAAGAACAUAGUGAAUUGGAAUCUAAGGAAAAUGAUUAUACAAGUACAGAUAUUAGUGUAAAUCAUGAGUAUACAUUAAAUGGAGACGCAAAAGACAACGAUAAUGAUUCAGAAUCGAAAGAAAACGACAAAGGUGGUACAGAUAUACAUGUUAAUGAUGAGAAUACAUCACAAAAUACAGAAUUGAGUGAAUCACAAAAUGAUGACGAUGCAACGGAACCGCCUAUAGAUGAUAUAAGUCAAAACAUCAAAGAAAAUGAUAGAUUAGAUAGUUUAGAUAUAAAUUCCGAAGAACAAAAUAAUUUUAGCAAUAAGAAUAAUGUAGAAUAUUGUACUAAUAUAGAUGAUAAUGAAAACGUAGAUAAUGUAAUAGAAAAUAAUAAUGAUAAUUCGACUAUAGAAACACCUAAAGAUGACAAUGAAGUAUCGAGUGUUAAAAUAAACGGACAGACGUACAAACAUGACGUCGACAAUACAAGUGAUGCAGAAAUGGACGAUAAGAAGCUGAUGGAUGCUUUAGACGAGCAGAUUGGUGAAAUUCUUGAUAAUGGACGUGAUAAUAACAGUGAAAAUCAUGUGAAUUUCUUAGGUGAUAGUGUUAAAAUAGGCGUUGAUGUAUCUGAUACAAAAACUGAAGAUUUAAAUGUAAAUAACGGUGAUUUAGUUGAUAAAAGCGCGGUUGUUGGUGACAGUGGUUUAAUAAGUGUAGAUAAAGACAAAAUAUCGUUAGAUUUAGAACCGAAAGGACAUAAUAGUUUAAGUGGAAUGGAUUUGGACACUGUGAGCGAUGAUGAGCUCAAUUUUGAUGCGUAAUAUUA